AAAUAUACAUAAUGUACUCUGAGUUCUAAAUUAUAUCCGAGUUUGGAAUUGGUGUUUUGUUAGAGUUGGACGAUGUUCUGACUUAAUUUAUAUUAUAUUUUGAGGUGGUUUUUAAUUUUUUACAUUUAAGGGCAAUGGCGACAGCAAUAGUUAGUUCGGCUCGUAAAGUGGGGAGGCUAACAAAUGCUGUUCUAUGUAGAUACUACUCCGAAGUAUAUCCAAAGAUAACUACUCACUAUACUGUGCACCCCCGAGAGAAAGAUCCAAGAUGGAAAGAUAUAAAUAUGGAGCGCAUGGUGGAAGAGACAGACAUCCUUAUAAUUGGUGGUGGACCGGCUGGUAUGGCUGCGGCGAUACGAGCGAGGCAAAUAGCAGAGGAAAAGGGAGCUGAAGUCCGAGUAACAUUACUAGAAAAGGCAGCUGAAACUGGUGGACAUAUAUUGUCAGGAGCUUGCGUGGAUCCGAUAGCUUUAAAUGAGCUGAUACCCAACUGGCAGGAAAAGGGUGCACCCGUAAACACUCCUGUCACUUCUGACAAGUUUGGAUUAUUGACCAAGAGUGGAAGGAUACCAAUACCAGUUUUUCCAGGUCUUCCGAACUACAACCAUGGUAACUACGUCGUAAGACUAGGUCACCUGGUGAAGUGGCUUGGUGAGCAGGCAGAGGAAGCUGGUGCCGAGGUUUGGCCCGGAUGCGCGGGCGCAGAGUUACUGUUUAGAGAGGACGGGUCGCUGCGUGGUGUUGCCACGGGGGAUGUGGGAAUUGCUAAAGAUGGCAGCCCCAAAGAUAUGUUCGAGAGGGGAAUGGAGUUCAAUGCUAAAAUUACUAUAUUUGCUGAAGGUUGUCAUGGACACUUAACAAAAAUGGUAUCAAAGAAGUUUAAUCUAAAAGAAAAUAGUGAACCACAGUCUUAUGCCAUCGGAUUGAAAGAGCUAUGGGAGGUCACACCAGAGAACCACAAGCCAGGGUUAGUUGAGCACACGAUUGGAUGGCCACUAGAUAAGAACACAUAUGGAGGCUCGUUCAUCUACCACCUGAAUGUUGCUGAAGGUGAAGCCCCCCUGGUGGCUGCCGGGUUUGUGGUGGGUCUUGACUACAAGAACCCGUACCUCAGCCCCUUCAAAGAGUUCCAGAGGUUUAAGCUGCAUCCGUAUAUAAGACCAUUAUUUGAAGGUGGUACCCGUAUAGCUUACGGUGCUCGGGCGCUAGUGGAGGGGGGAUGGCAGUGUCUACCAGUACCAGUAUUCCCGGGGGGGUGUCUGGCCGGAGACACAGCUGGCUUCCUCAACGUGCCCAGGAUCAAGGGCACUCACAACGCUAUGAAGAGCGGUAUACUGGCUGCAGAGAGUGCAAUGGAUCUUAUAUUGUCUGGUGAAGCGUCGCAUGACAAGGGUGUCGUACCGACCGUGUAUGAAGACAGGCUGAAGGAAUCUUAUGUGUAUAAGGAAUUGAAGCAAGUGAGAAACUGUCGUCCAUCGUUCCAUACAUCGUUGGGUCUGUAUGGUGGAGUAGCGUACUCGGCUUUCUCAACUCUGGUGCGAGGCAAAGAACCUUGGACAUUCAGCCAUGGAGGAGCCGAUCACAGUAAACUGAAACCCGCAAAGGAAGCCACACCCAUAGAGUAUCCGAAACCAGAUGGCGUCAUCACAUUCGAUCUGCUGUCAUCAGUAGCUCUAACAGGUACAAAUCAUGAGGCAGACCAACCUCCUCAUCUGACACUCCAGGACGAUUCAGUACCGGUCAAGAACAACCUGAAGGUGUUCGAGGGUCCCGAAGCUAGGUUCUGUCCCGCUGGCGUAUACGAGUUCGUACCACUGGAGACAGGUGAAGGACAGAGGUUACAAAUCAAUGCACAGAACUGCAUACAUUGCAAGACUUGUGAUAUCAAGGAUCCGUCACAGAAUAUCAACUGGGUGGUACCGGAAGGUGGUGGCGGCCCAGCAUACAACGGAAUGUAAUAUAAAAUAAUUUGUAUGUUUCCAAAACAAAUGCUAACAACGCCUGCCAAUUUUAUAAAGAAAGAAAAAAACAUUGUGCAUAAGUAUGUUGUAAAUAAUUAAAUUCUUUUAUUUUUUUAUCUGUGACAGUAAACUACCUAUAUAUUAUAUUAAUUAUGGUUGUUUUUGACAAGUUUCAAUAGAAACGUUUUCUUAUUCUCAUAUUACUAUUAAAAAAAAAUAAUAGUAAGCUUAGAGAUCAAAGACUUGUUCCUUCAAAUGUAGUUGUAUUAUUUAGGAAACUAUAACUAGGAAACUAUAAACGUAGUGUUAAAACGACUUUUGUAAAAUUAUAAUUACUUGUACAAUACCGAAGUAGGUAUAUAGGUAAUUUACAUAGAAUUAUCGAUAUCGAUAUUGUCAUAAUAGGCUCUAGAUUUCGCGGUGCGGACAUUCACUAUUUACGAAUGACCUGUAGUCUAAACAGUACACGGUACAAUGUACAACUUACUUCAGAGUUCAGUAUGGCCAACCUAGCCAAACUCUAAGAAAAACCGAUUUAUCGAUUGUAUGAAACGUGCAGUCAUUGAUAGAUUGACAGAUGACGGAUAUAAUCUUGUAAAAAAACGGAGAUAGCCGAAAUCUACUACGUUUUAAGCAACUGUUGGUUUUCAAACAUGGUCGGAUUAUACUUCGUGGCCAAUCGCCGUUCUGUAAUUACUACUAUUUCAAACUUAUGUCAAAUGAUUGCACGUUUCAUACUAAACUAAAUUUAAAUUUUUACCUAGGCAGUCCCUUAUUACGUAGUAUUUACAUCCUAUUUGAUUGUGGCUUCGACAUUCAUGUAGUGUGGGCCUGUACAGAGCUGCUGUAAUAAUACGAGAAUUUAAAUCAAAGUCUGGACAUGGGAAAUAAAUAAUAAUUUGGUAUUUAAAUAAAACACUUUUUAAAACGCAUGUAACUUUGUUUUUACAUUAGAUUUUGCGUACAAGUUAUAUUUUUAUUGAAUUAGGCGUUAGUUUGCGAAAUUCCAUAAUCAUACAAAUGAUUUAAGUUUUCUUUAGUGUUAAUUCCGCCAAUAUUUGUUUUUAAAACAAUUCGACACGUGUUUCGCCUCUACACGAGGCAUCCUCAGGACGUGUUGUCUCGCCAAAAUCUGGCACGAGACUAAGUUCAGUCUCGUGCCAGAUUUAGUGCUCGUGACAUUAUUUUGGUUAAACCCGAUGUUUCUAGACCAUUCCGGAUCAAGUUUUCAGUGGGACUGAAAAUGUAAUGUGAGAACAGAUACAAUUACACGCGUUAUUCAUUAAAAAAUGUUUUAUUUAAAUGUGUAAUACUCGCGUUAAUAAAAAAAUACAAUAAGGCUGGAAUCAAAUAAGUAACAUUAUUUGUUGUUCUAGUAUAUAAAAUAUAGAGAAUAAUAUUAUAAUAACAAUUUAUAAUAUGCCAUACAAUCUUAAGACACUGUGGUGUUUUAUUUUCAGCUAUACCUAGAUUUACCUAUGUUAACGGACUAGUAAAAAAAUAAGGACUCCGUGUUAACUUACAUAACAAUGAGGAACCAAAACAAGCCGGUAAACGUGUAAAUAAAUAGCCCCACGCAUACACUUACACGAAUACAAGCCGAUAGGCGGCCAUUAUGAGAAUUGUCAUCGUCGCUGACAGAUCAGUUUGCGUCUCAAUAAAAUUUUUUAAUAAUGCCGUUGUGCGUUGUAAAAAGUGUAAAAACGAUACCUUACAAGUAUUUGUGGCCAUAUAUGAUUGUUUAAGGGAGAAAAUAUUGUGUAACUAGUAUCCCCGUAACCGCACACACACUAGCAUAACGGUGCUUCACUUGCUAAUAUCACGGCGCGGAGUCCUUCUUUUUUUACUCGUCCGUUCCUAUGUUAUAAAGUUGGAAUUAGGUAAAUUAUUAUUGUAAGUAGAGCUAAAAUAAUAUGUAUCUAAGCGUAAUUAAUGUGUAUAGUGAAAUACUUGUGCGUAAUAAUUGUUAACGAACGGGAAUAAAUAUUUAUUUAUAGUAAACUGUAUACAUUUUAUCAUUCUUUAUAAGGCUCGUUAGGGAAAAAUGGUGUCAUUGAAUUUUUGGCGAUGUGUGCGCACAAUGAUGUGAUUUUCCCGUGACGUUAGCUAAUAAAACUCCUUCUAGUAUAGUGUGAAGUGGUUUUAUAUUAAAGAUAUUUGGCGCCUAUUUCUGCCGACCGAAAGACAGUAAUGUUUACACAUUACUGUGUUUCGGUCUGAAGGGUGCCGUAGCUAGUGAAAUUACUGGGAAAAUGAGACUUAACAUCUUAUGUCUCAAGGUGACGAGCGCAAUUGUAGUGCCGCUCAGAAUUUUUGGGUUUUUCAAGAAUCCUGAGCGGCACUGCAUUGUCCUGGGUGGGGUGUAUCAAUUACCAUCAGCUAAGCGUCCUGAUCGUCUCGUCCCUACUUUUCAUAAAAAAAAAGGUAUUUAUUUACAAAAUUUUACUGCAAGGGCAGCUGCAAACUAUUUUGAAUACUACAGCUGCGAUUCAUGUGUUCAUUGAUGGUAUUAGAUUGACCGGUUGUUCUGUAAUCUUAAAAUAAAGGCGUAUAUAUAAAACUAAGGCGUGUAUAAGUACACAUACUUUUUUAAAUAAAUCAAUAAUACAUCGAUUUUAUAUUAUACACUUUUCUAUUUUCAUAUAUGUAUUUAAAUUAUCCUGGAGUUAAAAUAUUUUUUGAUGUGUAUAUCAGAAAUUUUAUACAUAAAACUUAAUUGAAUGAUUAGAUGCUAUGAAAUUAGAUUAAGUGUUGUAUAUUUUUUAAAUAAAAUUACAAAUUAAAUUUAUCCCUGGA